CCGCCCGUACCCGGGGCUGUCCCGGCGCCGUUCCCGCCCCGCGCUUUACGGCAGAGGCCGCGGUUUGCGGCGGGCCGGUGGGUGAGGGCCGGGCCGCGCUCGGGCGGACAUGGCCAGCACGAUGGUGGCGGUCGGCCUGGCCAUAGCGGCAGCCGGAUUCGCAGGUCGCUAUGCAGUAAAGGCUUUGAAGCAAAUGGAGCCACAGGUAAAACAAGCCCUUCACAACCUACCAAAAUCUGCCUUCAGUGGUGGUUAUUACAGAGGUGGAUUUGAACCCAAAAUGACUAAACGAGAAGCAGCUUUAAUACUAGGAGUGAGCCCUACAGCAAACAGAAAUAAAAUUAGAGAAGCUCAUAGACGGAUCAUGCUUCUGAAUCAUCCAGAUAAAGGUGGAUCUCCAUAUGUAGCUGCCAAAAUCAAUGAAGCUAAGGAUCUACUAGAAGACCAAGCUAAAAAAUGAAUGAGAAAGAAAAUCACUCAUUCAGAGGGUUUGUCCCUGCAAAUGAUUAUUUUUGAUAAAUGGCUUAAGAAAAGUUAUAAUGUCAGUCUUUGACUUAAUGAAGCUGGAAAUACAAAUCCAGGGAGGCACUGCCCUCCCAACUUGGUCAUUUUUUUUGGAAAUACAUGAGGGAGUGAAGCUUAAAGAUUUUUUUCAUAGCUGUUCUUUGUUAAACAGCAAAAUCUGCGACUCAAAUAUUUUCAGUGCUUGAGAGCAGUGACUUGGUGUGGCCAGUGUGUGUUACCAGGCACAGGUAGACUCGUGUGCUGUCACCUCAUUUCUGUUGGACUGGCCAUGUUUAAAGUUCACACUGCUGCAUUUCCAUCUGCUAAAAUUAGCACACUGAACCUGUUUGGGAACGGGGUGGAAAAACCAAGAGGAUUUAUUGGGCAGGAGGAACUGGGAGAGAUGUGUGAUUGUCUCUGCCUGGAGAAAUAAAGUACAGGAAACAAUGUA